CUCCCCCUCACAAGCCUAUAGUAGUUGAAUAUUCCAUCUGUGCGGCGCACAUAUUCCUGCCUCUUAAUUCCGACAGCGGGCUGCUCGACGGCAAGGCGCUCCGAUUGUGACAAGCCCUGACUGUGGAGUGCACACCAGGACUUGGUUUGGAUCCAGGUCAAGAUUGUUCUGCUCAGUCUGGGUCCAAACGGUGAUCAGAGAGUCUGAGAGGGAACAGUAAAAGGCUUGUGUUUCAUUUGGAGGGAUCGCUGGCCGGACCAAUGGGAUCAGGGAAGCUGGCCCAGGUGCUGCUCGGAUGGGUGGCGGUGUGUCUUGCACCAGUCCAGGUGGCGUACGGUCAGACUGCGAAUGGGAAUGCGCCGCUCCAGGCUAGCCGUUUCACGGCCACCCCGGACCAGAGAGAGGUGCAGCGGGUUCGGCGCCGUGGCCAGGAGACACUGAGAGGACCCAAUGUGUGUGGCUCUCGCUUCCAUUCGUACUGCUGCCCCGGCUGGAAGACUCUGCCAGGCGGGAACCAGUGUAUUGUCCCAAUAUGCAGGAACUCCUGUGGUGAUGGCUUCUGUUCCAGACCCAACAUGUGCACCUGUUCAAACGGGCAGCUGUCUUCCAGCUGUGGAGCAGGAGGAGGAGUUCAGUCGUGUAAUGUCAGGUGCAUGAAUGGAGGCAGUUGUGCUGAGGACUCUUGUACCUGCCCGAAAGGCUUCACGGGAAACCACUGUGGACAACCUGUGUGUGAGAAUGGCUGCCAGAAUGGUGGACGUUGCAUCGGCCCCAACAGAUGCGCCUGUGUGUACGGCUUCACCGGCCCUCAGUGCGAGAGAGACUACAGGACUGGGCCGUGUUUCACGCAAGUGAACAACCAGAUGUGUCAGGGUCAGCUCAGUGGAAUCGUGUGCACCAAGACACUAUGCUGUGCCACCAUUGGCCGAGCGUGGGGACACCCCUGCGAACAGUGCCCCGCCCAGCCGCACCCGUGCAGACGAGGCUUCAUCCCUAACAUCCGGACCGGAGCAUGCCAAGAUGUGGACGAGUGUCAAGCAGUACCAGGUCUUUGUGCUGGAGGUAACUGCAUCAACACUGUGGGAUCUUACGAGUGUAAAUGUCCCGCUGGCCACCGUCAGAGCGAAACUAGCCAUAAAUGUGAAGACAUUGAUGAAUGCAGCACCAUCCCUGGCGUGUGUGAUGGAGGCGAGUGCACCAACACAGCUGGUAGUUACGUGUGCACCUGCCCACGUGGUUACAUCUCCAGCACAGACGGCUCCAGAUGUGUGGACCAGCGUGGGGGAACAUGUUUCUCUGCACUGGCUAAUGGUCGCUGUGCUGCUGAGUUGACUGGCCAGUAUACCAAGAUGCAAUGUUGCUGUGACACCGGCCGCUGUUGGGCUUUGGGACAGAUUCCCGAGAUGUGCCCUGUGAGGGGGUCUGAUGAGUUCCGUCGUUUAUGUAUCGUGGGCGUUCCUCAGGGACACGGCCUCCCCAACGGCUACCCCAACGGAUACUUCCCCAACAGCAAUGGCAACUACGGACAGAAGUUUCCCAGUAUUUCCAAUGGGAAUGGGGGCAAUGGCGGAGGCGGUUUUGGAGGCAACGGUGGAGGUUUCGGCGGCAAUGGUGGAAGUUUCGGAGGGAACGGAGGCAACUUUGGCGGCAACGGAGGAAGCUUUGGAGGGAAUGGAGGGGGACUUAUGACCCAUCACCAAAUAGGCACCGUUACUGUGAACGACACCAUUGAUAUCUGCAAGCACUUCACCAAUCUGUGUCUGAAUGGACGCUGCAUUCCCACACCCACAAGCUACCGCUGCGAGUGCAACAUGGGCUACAAGCAGGAUGGACGCGGGGAAUGUAUUGAUGUGGAUGAAUGUCUGAGUAAUCCAUGCAUCAAUGGCGACUGUGUCAACACACCGGGUUCAUAUCACUGCAAGUGUCAUGAGGGCUACCAGGGAACACCCACCAAGCAAGCUUGUGUUGAUAUUGACGAGUGUAUCGUCAAUGGGGUGAUGUGUCGCAAUGGGCGUUGCGUCAACACUGAGGGAAGCUUCCAGUGUAUCUGCAAUGCUGGCUUUGAACUCACACCUGAUGGCAAGAACUGCAUCGAUCAUGAUGAAUGUGCCACCACCAACAUGUGUCUGAAUGGCAUGUGCAUCAAUGAGGACGGCAGCUUUAAGUGCAUCUGCAAGCCUGGCUUUGCCCUUGCACCAAAUGGACGCUACUGCACUGACAUCGAUGAGUGUCUGACACCAGGAAUUUGCAUGAAUGGCCGCUGCAUCAACUCGGAGGGCUCCUUCCGCUGCGAGUGCCCGCCGGGCCUGGCUAUUGAUGUAGAUGGGAGAGUGUGUGUGGACACGCACAUGAGGACCACCUGCUACGGUGCCAUAAAGAUGGGCACAUGCUCACGGCCCUUCCCAGGUGCGGUGACCAAAUCGGAGUGCUGUUGCGCCAAUCCUGAACAUGGAUUUGGAGAACCCUGCCACCCCUGUCCCUCCCGAAACUCAGCUGAGUUCCAGGCUGUGUGCAGUAGCGGUAUCGGCAUCACUGCCGAUGGCAGAGAUAUCAAUGAGUGCGCCCUGGACCCAGACAUUUGUCAGAACGGCAUUUGUGAGAAUCUGAGAGGAAGUUACCGCUGUAUCUGUAACAUCGGCUAUGAGUCAGACACCAGCGGCAAAAAUUGCGUUGACAUCAAUGAGUGUCUGGUCAACCGCCAGCUUUGUGACAAUGGCCUAUGCAGAAACACUCCUGGCUCGUACACAUGUUCCUGCCCAAAAGGUUUUGUCUUCAAGCCAGACUCAGAGACAUGUGAAGAUAUCAAUGAGUGUGAGUCAAGUCCAUGCGUCAAUGGGGUCUGUCGCAAUGUGAUCGGGUCCUUUAACUGUGAGUGCACCCAUGGGAGUAAGCUGGACUCUACCAACACCAUCUGCGUGGACAGCAUGAAGAGUACUUGUUGGCUGACCAUACAGAACAGCCGCUGUGAGGUGAACAUCAACGGGGCCACGCUCAAGUCUGAGUGCUGCUCUACAUUGGGAGCGGCCUGGGGAAGUCCAUGCGAACCCUGCGAGAUUGACACGGCCUGUUCACGAGGAUUCGCUCGCAUGAAGGGCCUUGUCUGUGAAGACAUUAACGAGUGUGAGGUAUUCCCUGGAGUGUGUACAAAUGGCCGCUGUGUGAACGCUCAGGGCUCCUUCCGCUGCGAGUGUGCCGAGGGCCUCACUUUGGACAGUACUGGCCGCACGUGCGUGGACAUGCGCAGCGAGCAGUGCUAUAUGAAGUGGCACGAGGACGAGUGUGGCGAGCCUCUGCCUGGGCGGUACCGAGUGGACAUGUGCUGCUGCUCUGUGGGCGCCGCCUGGGGUGUCGACUGUGAAGAGUGUCCCAAAGCCAGCACGCCUGAAUACAGGGCCAUCUGUCCAAGGGGACCUGGUUUUGCUAACAGGGACAUCCUGACUGGCAGGCCCUUCUACAAAGAUGUGAACGAGUGUAAGGUCUUCAAUGGUCUGUGCACUUAUGGAACUUGCCGAAACACCAUCGGAAGUUUCAAGUGUCGCUGCAACAGCGGCUUUGCUCUGACGGACGAGGAGAGAAACUGCACAGACAUCGACGAGUGUCGAAUCUCCCCGGAUCUGUGCGGUCACGGUACAUGUGCCAACACUCCUGGCAGCUUUGAGUGUGAAUGCUUUGAAGGCUACGAAAGCGGCUUCAUGAUGAUGAAAAACUGCAUGGACAUCGACGAGUGCGAGCGAAACCCCCUGCUGUGUCGCGGAGGGACCUGUCUCAACACUGAAGGCAGUUACGAGUGUGAAUGUCCCCCGGGACACGCUCUCAGCCCCGAUGGAGCAGCUUGUGAAGAUGUGAAUGAGUGCCAGCUGAGUGACAACUUGUGCAAGAACGGCCAGUGCGUCAACCUGCCAGGAACCUACCAGUGCUCAUGUGACACCGGCUACCAGGCCACACCGGACAGACAGGGCUGCGUUGAUAUUGAUGAGUGCACCAUCAUGAAUGGAGGGUGUGAGACCCACUGCACCAACUCAGAGGGCAGCUAUGAGUGCAGCUGCAGUGAAGGCUACGCUCUCAUGCCUGACCUCAGGACAUGCUCAGACAUUGAUGAGUGCGAGGAGACGCCAGACAUCUGCGACGGAGGCCAGUGUACAAACAUUCCUGGGGAAUAUCGCUGCCUGUGCUAUGACGGUUUUAUGGCUUCUAUGGACAUGAGGACCUGUAUUGAUGUGAACGAAUGUGAUUUGAACCCAAACAUCUGUCUCCACGGCGACUGUGAGAACACCAAAGGCUCUUUCAUCUGUCACUGUCAGCUUGGAUACUUUGUCAAGAAGGGAUCCACUGGAUGCACAGAUAUUGACGAGUGCGAGAUCGGCGCUCAUAACUGUGACAUGCACGCCGCAUGCAUCAACGUUCCCGGCAGCUUUAAGUGUCGCUGUCGGGAUGGCUGGGAGGGAGAUGGCAUCAAGUGUGUCGAUCAGGAUGAAUGCGCCGCAGAGGACCACAAUUGCAACCUGAACGCAGACUGUGUCAAUACGCCAGGAUCAUACAGGUGCACGUGCAAAGAGGGCUUCAAUGGGGACGGCUUUUCCUGCUCUGACAUGGACGAGUGUGCGGACAACGUCAACCUGUGUGAAAACGGACAGUGUCUGAAUGCUCCGGGAGGCUACCGCUGCGAGUGUGAGAUGGGCUUCACCCCGACCGAGGACAGCAAGGCCUGUCAAGAUAUCGAUGAGUGUAAUUUCCAGAAUAUCUGCGUGUUUGGAACGUGCCAGAACCUUCCGGGGAUGUUCCGCUGUGUUUGUGAUGAUGGUUAUGAAUUGGACCGUAGCGGAGGAAACUGCACAGACAUCAAUGAGUGCGCCGACCCAGUGAACUGCAUCAACGGGCUGUGUGUGAACACUCCGGGAAGUUACCUGUGCAACUGCCCAGCUGACUUUGAGCUCAACCCCACUGGUGUCGGUUGUGUAGAUACUCGUGUGGGCAACUGCUUCCUCGACAUCCUCGCACGCGGCGAUGGAGGAAUCUCGUGCAGCGCUGAGAUCGGAGUAGGCGUGACCAGAGCUUCGUGUUGCUGUUCGAUCAGAGGAGCCUGGGGCAACCCUUGCGAACUGUGCCCUGCCCCCAACUCUACCGAAUAUCGAACCCUUUGCCCCGGAGGAGAAGGUUUCAGACCCAACCCCAUUACUGUCAUUCUGGAAGAUAUUGAUGAGUGCCAGGAGCUUCCCGGCCUCUGCCAGGGUGGAAACUGUGUCAACACCUUUGGUAGCUUCCAGUGUGAGUGCCCAGCAGGUUAUUACCUCAACGAGGAGACUCGCAUCUGUGAGGACAUAGAUGAAUGCACCACCCACAUUGGGAUCUGUGGACCUGGUACGUGCUACAACACUUUGGGCAACUACACAUGCGUGUGUCCCCCUGAGUACAUGCAGGUCAAUGGAGGAAACAACUGCAUGGACAUGAGGAAAAGCGUGUGUUACCGCAACUUCAACGACACAUGCGAGAACGAGCUGUCCUUCAACAUGACCAAGAAGAUGUGUUGCUGUGCCUACAACGUGGGCAAGGCAUGGAACAAGCCGUGUGAGGCCUGCCCAACUCCCGCUACCUCUGAGUAUCAGUUACUUUGUGGGAACCAGGCCCCUGGCUUUAUCAUUGACAUCCACACUGGCAAGCCAAUUGAUAUUGAUGAGUGCCGGGAGAUUCCUGGUAUCUGUGCCAAUGGCGUGUGCAUCAACCAGAUCGGGAGCUUCCGCUGUGAAUGUCCAAUGGGCUUCAGCUAUAAUAACAUACUGCUCAUUUGUGAAGAUAUUGAUGAGUGUAACAGCGGGGACAAUCUGUGCCAGCGUAACGCCAAGUGUAUCAACAUUCCUGGCAGUUAUCGCUGCGAGUGUUCUCCAGGCUUCAAACUGUCCCCCAGUGGGGCCUGCGUGGAUCGCAAUGAGUGCCAGGAGAUUCCUAACGUGUGCAGCCAUGGAGAGUGUAUUGACACCCAAGGCAGUUACCGGUGUCUGUGCCAUAAUGGCUUCAAGGCGACUGCAGACCAGACCAUGUGCAUGGACAUUGAUGAGUGCGACAGACAGCCGUGUGGCAACGGUACCUGUAAAAACACUGUAGGGUCCUACAACUGCCUGUGCUUCCCUGGCUUCGAGCUCACCCACAACAAUGACUGCAUGGACAUUGACGAGUGCAGUGCCCUGCAGGGUCAAGUGUGCAGGAAUGGACAGUGUAUCAACGAAUUGGGUUCCUUCCAAUGCCUCUGCAAUGAAGGUUAUGAGAACACACCUGAUGGGAAAAACUGUGUUGAUAUCAACGAGUGUGUGAGUCUGCCUGGUACAUGCUCCCCAGGAACUUGUCAGAAUUUGGAUGGAUCUUUCAGAUGUAUUUGUCCUCCGGGCUAUGAGGUGCAGAAUGACCAGUGCAUUGAUAUUAAUGAGUGUGAGGUGGAACCAAAUCUUUGCCAGUUCGGUACAUGUACCAACACCCCCGGCAGCUUCCAGUGCACCUGCCAACCGGGCUUCGUGCUCUCUGACAACAAGCGCCGUUGUUAUGACACCCGAGAGAGUUUCUGUUUCACCAAAUUCGAGAUCGGAAAGUGUUCUGUCCCAAAAGCUUUCAACACCACCAAGGCCAAGUGCUGCUGCAGCAAGAUGCCUGGGGAGGGCUGGGGGCUUCCUUGCGAGCUGUGCCCCCGAGAGACUGAAGCUGCUUUUAACACUCUGUGUCCCUACGGCCACGGAGCACUGCCCGGACCUGGUGAUGCUCGUGAGGAUAUGAAUGAGUGUCUGGAUAACCCGGGUAUCUGCCAGAAUGGUAUUUGCAUCAACACAGAUGGUUCGUUCCGCUGUGAAUGCCCCUUUGGAUACAACCUGGACUACACUGGAGUUAAUUGUGUCGACACGGACGAGUGCUCCAUUGGAAACCCGUGUGGAAAUGGAACCUGCACCAAUGUGGUGGGAGGCUUUGAAUGUUCCUGCCAGGAGGGCUUUGAACCUGGACCCAUGAUGACAUGUGAAGACAUCAACGAGUGCUCAAAAAAUCCUCUGCUGUGCGCCUUCCGCUGUGUGAACACUUUUGGCUCCUAUGAGUGCAUGUGCCCAGCUGGCUACGUGCUGCGAGACGACCAGCGCAUGUGUAGAGACCAAGAUGAGUGCUCCGAGGGUAUGGAUGACUGCGACUCCAAGGGUAUGAUGUGUAAGAACCUGAUCGGGACCUUCAUGUGCAUUUGCCCACCUGGCAUGCAGCGCCGCCCUGAUGGAGAGGGAUGCAUGGACUUGAAUGAGUGCAGAGCCAAGCCUGGCAUUUGUAAGAACGGACGCUGUAUCAACACUGUGGGCAGCUACCGCUGCGAGUGCAAUGAUGGCUUUGAGCCCAGCUCCACUGCAACUGAGUGCAUUGACAACCGUAAGGGAUUCUGUUACAUGGAGGUCCUGCAGACGAUGUGUCAGCAGUCGUCCACCAACAGAAACAGCGUGACCAAGUCCGAGUGCUGCUGCAACACGGGUCGGGGUUGGGGCUCGCAGUGUGAGCUCUGCCCGCUGCCUGGCACCGUCCAGUACAAGAAGAUGUGCCCACUUGGGCCCGGCUACACCACAGAUGCCAGGGAUAUCAACGAGUGUCAGGUGUUGCCAGAUCUGUGUAGCAACGGUCAGUGCAUCAACACCAUUGGAUCCUUCCGCUGCCACUGUAACGUCGGCUACAAGACCGACUUUACUGCUAUCUCAUGUGUCGACAUGGAUGAGUGCUCGCUGUCUCCCAAGCCCUGUAACUUCCUGUGUAAAAACACAGAGGGUAGCUACCUCUGCUCCUGUCCAAGAGGAUACAGCCUGCAGCCUGAUGGAAAGACCUGCAAAGAUCUGGACGAGUGUUCCACCAAGCAACACAACUGCCAGUUCCUUUGUGUCAACACCAUUGGAGGCUUCACUUGCAAGUGUCCUCCCGGCUUCACUCAGCAUCAAACGGCCUGCAUUGACAACAAUGAGUGCAUGGGUCAGAACAGUGUGUGCGGUUCUCAGGCUUCUUGUGUCAACACUCCUGGUAGCUUCAACUGUGAGUGCUCUAAAGGCUUCUCUUUGGACACCACGGGCCUGGAGUGUGAAGAUGUGGACGAGUGUAGCAGUAACCACCGCUGUCAACAUGGCUGUCAGAACAUGAUGGGAGGUUUCCGUUGUGGCUGCCCUCAAGGCUACGUGCAGCACUACCAGUGGAACCAGUGUGUCGAUGAGAACGAGUGCCAGGCAGGUUCAAUGUGCGGCUCGGCUUCCUGCUACAACACGCUGGGCAGCUACAAGUGUGUGUGUCCGUCCGGCUUCGACUUCGAGGCGUCUGCUGGCGGCUGCCAGGAUGUGAACGAGUGCUCCAUGGGAGGCAACCCGUGUAUGCAUGGCUGCUCCAACACGGAUGGAGGAUAUCUGUGCGGCUGUCCUGGAGGCUUCUACAGGGCCGGACAGGGUCAUUGUAUAUCAGGCUCAGGCUUCCCAGGCCAAUUAGGUGUAGAAGGCGAGGAGGACGACAGUCUGUCUCCUGAGGCCUGCUACGAGUGUAAGAUCAAUGGAGGAGGAAAGAACGGACGACACAAACGCAACGCAAAUGAAAAUGAGCUUGAUCAUGAGCCGGUGAGUCUGGCCAGUGUGGACACGCAAGCCUCCAUCCCCAUGAACAUUUCUCUGGCCUCGCUCCUCAACAAGGAACCUCUGCUGGAGCUGCUGCCUGCCCUGCAGCCGCUGGAGCACCACGUGCGCUACGUCAUCACCCACGGCAACGCCGACGAACACUUCCGACUGCUGGAGCGCCGCGACGGAAAGAGCGUGCUGAGGCUGGGCAAGAGGCCGCCUCCCGCCGGAUCCUACCGGCUCGACAUCGCCAGCCUGCCUCUGUUUGGGCCCCGGAGACGAAACCAGCUGGAGGAGCAGCACGACAAGGACUACCUGCAAGGGGAAAUCGGGGACGCCCUGCGCAUCAAGCUCCACAUCCACCUGCACUGAGCGCCCUCACAAGCCCCGCCCCUGGACUGACCCCCUUUAAAGCCUGAACCUUUGAGUUUUAACCCGCCCUUGUAUCCAGCAGAGGGUUACCAAGGGCUAUGAAAGACUGAGUCAAUCAGCCCAACUCUACCACCACUUUGUUACUGUUCAUGUUAUCAUGUGUUCAUGUUUUGUGUGAUUUAGAUUUUCUUUUUUUCUUUUUUUUUUUUUACAAUGAUUAUACUUGUGUCCAUUAUUCUUUUCCACAACAAGUACUCCUGUGGAUCAGAUCGCAGUGAAGUGCAUAGCCCCCCGCACCCCACCCCCCUUACCCCCAAAAUACAGGUGCAUCUCAAUAAACUGGAAUAUUGUGGAAAACUUAAUUUAUUUCAGACAUUCAGUUCAAAACCCCAUGAAAACCCCAAAUUCACUAUCUGAAUAAAUUAGAAUAUCACAUAAGAAACUAUUAAAAUCAUUUUUUAAUAUAGAAAGUAGGUAAGAAUUGACCUGAAAAAUAUUUUGCUACGUGUUUAAGAAUCUAUUUAAUAUAUGAUGUUAAUCUUUUUAAAAAUGAACCAACGAAAUGGACUUCCUGACAAUAUUCUAAUUUAUUGAGGUGCACUUUUAAAAGACAUAAUGGCACACAAGUCCAUGAAGCACUUUUGUAGGCAGGCAAGUCCAAAAGAAGGCACAACACGGGGGAUUUUUGAGGGGAAAAAAAGUGCUGAGAGCUGCCAUAAUUGUCUUUCUGGAUGCAUUUGAAGUAUAAUCCAGUGAUGUCUGACAAAGAAUGAGGCAUCUUCAUGGCACCUCUCUGGGACAUUCAUUUCAAACAUCACAUCUCACUUCAUCCUACUGUUUUUGUGUCACGUCAUGGGGCUGUUUAUGUGAGAGGACUGCAACAGUGACACAACAUUCCAGGUUGAUCAGAUGCGGAAUAAGCGUUUGUGUUGUGUUGUGUUCGGUUACCUCAGUGCUUCUCACCCAGUGCGCUGCUGACAUGCAAACCAAAGAGGGUGCUAUCGUCAUGAGCAGGGAAUACUACAGUGAGCCGUUUUUACAAAGACGCUAGAUCAGGUCACUUCUGUAUUAAUUCCUUUUAAGGUGCAUUGAUUCUUAGCCUAAGAGGUCUCAACUGAAAGGAGGUAAAAGGUCACCUGACCAGAAUUGUGAUCUUAAAGAGGGCCGACCAUUGUUUACACCAGCUCACAAAACAGUACCAGUCUUGACAAGCUUUUAGUGACUACAGUAUCAAUGCAUGCACACAAAAAAAAAACAACAUCUGUCAGGUCAUACUCUUCGUUUCUCAUAUUUUUUUCUCUCAAAGAGGAAAAAAAAGGUGCUAUACAAAAUCCCGUCUGCUGUACAAAGAACACAGUCUUGAACCUGGAUUGCAAAAGUGACAUUUGUUAUUAAUUUUGUGCCAGGCUUGAUUAUUGUUGUGUUUGUUUGUACUUUGUGUUGUCUCGGUGCUGAAAGAAAAAAAAAAAACAUUAUCAAUCAUGCGUCUCGAAAUUGUAUAUUUUUAAGUGAAAUAUAGUUGUUGUUUUUUUCAAUUUCAAGACAGCCAAAACAAAUGGCAAACAGUAGAUUGAAGGCCUUUUUCUGCUAUUAACUGUUGUUCUCAUAGGGAGUAUCCUACAUUUUAAAUGAUCAACUCUGAUGUCAGCAUAAGGGGAAUUUACACUGUCUAUACAAUGCUAUAAGCGUCAAUGCAAACUUGACCACCUCCAGCUUGGCUCAUAAUGGUGCUAAAAGGUAAUUCUUGUUUUGAGCAUUCAAGGUUUCCGCACUGGGCCAACAGCCUCGGCCAUGUUUAUCACACAUAACCAUUUUGUUUAUUUCUAACCUGGAAAUCUUGUAACACUUUGUAUCUUGAAAGUGUCCUUGUGUCUCUUACUCACCGUUUUUUUAUUUGUUUGUUUUUUGACAUUUCAGUGCCAAACUUGAAUAGUGCCAUCAGCAUCAUCACCCACUUGCACUGAACUAUGAUGUGCUUUAUUAGCCAGAAACAAACAACUUGGCUUUGAAGUUUCAGUCCUUUUAAAAGAGAAUGCUAAAGUGACAAUCAUCCCGUACACAGCACAUUGCUUAGUUGAAAAUCAAUAAAUCAUUGUUUUUAAUAUUCUGACGCUCAUUUAUGUGCAAAGACAAAAACCAAAGACAAUGUGUCAUUGGCAGUUGGUAAGAUCUGAAUGAUUCACGUUAUCUUGUAAACCUUUGUCCAGUGACUAUUUGCAAUAAAGUAUUGUGGGAUACA